GCAAUGGACAAACAGGAGGCAGACGCGCAGAAGGCCUACGAGAAGUUGGCUCAGGAUGCCCAGCGGAGCCGCGAGGAGUCCACGCGCAGCCUCGCUGAGAAGACGGGUGUCAGGGCCGGCCUUGAAAGGCGUCUGCUUGGGCUGGAUCAGAAGACGGCCACGAAUGCGGAAGGCCAGCAGAGCGUCGCCAAGUACUUGGAGGCGUUGCGCCAAGAUUGCAGCGGCCUCAUCAAAAACUUCGAGGAGCGAAAGCAAGCUCGAGCAGGGGAGGUCGAUCGGCUCGAAAGUGCAGGGGCGCUCCUCGGCGAGUCGAGGUAG